AUGACACACUACCUCAACCGCACGCUCAUCUCGCCCCUCCGAACGUCCUCGCUCUCCAGGCCGUACCUCAUGAUUGCCAUCUCCGCCGUCUUCUUCAACACGGUCAACGGCUCGCUCUUGGGCACGUACCUCUCCUCGCCGCCUGCGCAGUCCUUCCUGGCCGACGCCUUCGCGCGCCUGAUGUUCUGGCUCGGGCUUACCCUGUGGGUGGCGGGCAUCACGGGCAACGUCACGCAUGAGAUCCUCAACAUCCGCCGCAACGCCAAGAAGGCCUCCGACGACACGAACAAUGGGAAGGACAAGCCGAAGGAGGAGCACUACGCGAUCCUGCACGGGCUGCUGUACCGCUUCAUCUCGUACCCAAACUACUUCUGCGAAUGGGCGGAGUAG